UAAACCUGCCCUUCGGCUCGCUCCGGGCUCGCUCCGGGCUGCCUGCGCUCUAUGGCUAAGCCGCCUUUGCCCUAAGCUCGGGCUGCAUCUCCCUCCUCCUCCCUGUGAUUAUUUGCACAGGACAUGUCUAGUACCUCCGGAGCACUUUUAGUUUGCUCCCCCCCGCGCUCGGUGGGAUUAAUCUAUCAUUUCGGAGGUUAUUUUCGGCAACCAGCCUCGCACCCGGGAAGACCGGCCGGAGGAAGAGCGAGGCGCUUCUGAAAGCGGCAGAGGAGGAAUGCCAAAGCAGGGCAGCGGAGCCGGGUGGGAGUGAGCCGGCGGAGCACAGCGAGGUGCCACCCCGCAGAGGAGGAGAGCUGCCCUGCUACCUGCUCCCUAUUUCUGGCUGCCCGCAUGGCCUCCGGGCACUGUAGAGACUGUGGGGGCUGCUGCUGCUGAGCAACGAUACGUUGCUUUAAACUCAGCCUCAACUUACCACAGCAAGCAAGGAUGGCAACACUACCGGAGCUUUGGAGCAGCCAAGAGAGCCAGGGAACCUGGGUUUUGUUUGCCACUGUCUAAUAAAUGGGAGUAAAAUGGAAUUUCUUACCUGGGUUUUUCCUGCCUUGGUUCUACUGUGCACCCAACAGCACAGGUGUAUCAGAGCUAUGAAUGACAUCGGAGAUUACAUAGGUUCCAACAUCGAAAUAUCCUGGUUACCCAACCUGGAUGAUUUAAUGAAAGGGUAUGCACGUAAUUUCAGGCCUGGGAUUGGAGGUCCUCCUGUUAAUGUUGCUCUUGCAAUUGAAGUAGCCAGCAUUGACCACAUCUCAGAAGUGAACAUGGAAUAUACCAUGACGGUAUUUUUGCACCAGAGCUGGCGAGAUGACCGUCUGUCUUACAACCACACCAAUGAAACUUUGGGCUUAGACAGCCGGUUUGUGGACAAGCUCUGGUUGCCAGAUACUUUCAUAGUAAAUGCCAAGUCUGCCUGGUUCCAUGAUGUGACUGUGGAAAACAAACUUAUCAGGCUCCAACCAGAUGGAGUCAUUUUAUACAGCAUCAGGAUUACCUCAACAGUGGCCUGUGACAUGGACCUUUCCAAGUAUCCAAUGGAUGAGCAAGAAUGCAUGUUGGAUUUGGAGAGCUAUGGCUACUCUUCAGAGGACAUCGUCUACCACUGGUCAGAAAACCAGGAGGAGAUCCAUGGGCUGGAUAAGCUGCAGCUUGCUCAAUUCACAAUUACCAGUUACCAGUUCACAACAGAAAUGAUGAACUUCAAAUCUGCAGGUCAGUUUCCCAGGCUCAGUCUCCACUUCCACCUUCGGCGAAAUCGAGGAGUUUACAUCAUUCAGUCUUAUGUUCCUUCUAUCUUACUAGUGGCCAUGUCGUGGGUAUCCUUCUGGAUCAGUCAGUCAGCUGUGCCUGCCAGAGUGUCAUUAGGUAUAACUACUGUUCUUACUAUGACUACACUGAUGGUCAGUGCCCGAUCUUCGCUUCCACGAGCAUCUGCCAUCAAGGCACUUGAUGUUUACUUCUGGAUUUGCUAUGUGUUUGUCUUUGCUGCACUGGUAGAAUAUGCAUUUGCACAUUUCAAUGCUGACUACAUGAAAAAGCAAAAGAACAAGAUAAAGGCGAGAAGGCAGAGUGGAGAGAUAAACGUGAAGAAUGCCAUUGUUCUGUUUUCCCUUUCCAUAGCUGGUGUGAACCAGGAACUGGCUAUUUCCAACAGGCAGCACCGAAUUCCCAGAAGCCUGCCUGGAUCGUAUGGCACAAUAGAAAUAGAAACUGGAGAGACAAAACAGCAGCAAGUAAUGAAACUGGAUAAAAAGAGAGGUCUGAAGUCCCUCUUUAAGCCCAUUGAUGCUGAUACCAUUGAUAUAUAUGCCAGAGCCGUGUUCCCAGCAGCCUUCGCAGCAGUCAAUGUUAUAUACUGGGUUGCAUACACAAUGUAAAAAAAAAAAAAAAAAAAAAAAAAAAGAAAAUUCAUGUGAAGAGCUACAAAUUGAACAAUACCUACAGACUAAAAAGCCCUUGCUGAAACUGUAUUGAUCCAUCUCUUCUCAAAAUAUUUUCCAAUGAGCUCAAGACAUUUCUAAAGUCAAGAAAGUCCUGCGAUCAAUUCCUACUAAAAGCAGCAAUUUAUUACCGAUCUCAUUUGGUACAGUAAUAACUGUACUCCGCCAAACAAUCCCAGCUCCUUAUUUCCUGUAUUACCAUGAGACAAUUUUUCAUCUGUACAUAUUUGCAGCAAAAGUUUAAAUCUUAAAUUACCAUGGUUUUCCUCCACUUUAAGGGUUGAUCAGUAAUGAAGAUUUGGCUUUUCACACUCAGAUAAUUUCCUUUUUUGUAAUGGAAGAGCUAAUUCCUCACUUCCACACAUGAGUGAUUUUCUGCAUCUGACCUUCUGUGGGAUGGUCUAAGUUUAACAGUAGUGGUAAAGUUGGAGUUUUUAAUCAUAAAAAUCUCAUGAACAAAGUAAAAGGGAAUAUAGGGGAGUGGAGGCUUUUUCUUAAAUUAUUAUUUGUCUUGGAGAAAAUAUUGAAAACAUUUCAAUGCUCUUAGUCACAGCAUGAAAUAAAAUAUACUACAUAAAAUU